AACCCAGCGUGCUGCCCGCUCGCCGCCCGCCAUGGCCCGCGCAGCACCGCUGCUCGCCGCGCUGACCGCACUCCUCGCCGCCGCCGCUGCUGGCGGAGAUGCCCCGCCGGGCAAAAUCGCGGUGGUUGGGGCCGGGAUCGGGGGCUCUGCCGUGGCCCAUUUCCUCCAGCAACACUUUGGACCUCGGGUGCAGAUCGAUGUGUACGAGAAGGGAACCGUGGGUGGCCGCCUGGCCACCAUCUCAGUCAACAAGCAGCACUACGAGAGCGGGGCUGCCUCCUUCCACUCCCUGAGCCUGCACAUGCAGGACUUUGUCAAGCUGCUGGAUGGAGCAACAGAGACAAGAGAGGGGAAGGAACUUGCCUGAGGUUACACAGUGAGUUAGUUGCAGAGCCGGGAUUAGAACUCAGGUUUGACUCCUAGGCCGGUUUCUUUCCCUGUCAAUUUGCUGCCUCUAAAUAGUUGUGAUUAUAUCACCUUCCACAUGCUGGUGCUUGCUGGGCACCUUCUGAGUGGUAGGUAGGCAUUACCUCAGAACCCCCCUACCAACCUGCAAGAUGAGCAUUAUGUCUCCUCUUAAGGCAACUGAGGCUCAGAAAAUGUAUAGAUUUAAGCUAAAGCCAUUACAGCAAGAAAGGUGGGAUUCAGACCCAGCAGCAUCUGUCAAAUACACAUUCUGUUUGAUGCAGAAACUCCACUUCUCAGAAGUGAUGCUACAGGUGGUCUUACAGAUGUGCACAGUAGCAUAGAUACCAAGUUAUUCAUUACAGCAUUGUUUGUGAUAGCAGAAGGCUGAAAGUAUCCUGCCUAUCCACUAGGACCUGGGGUUAAACAAAUUACUGUGUAACUACACAAUAGGCUGUUCAGCAGUCAGAAUGGGGAAGUCUUUAUGCCCAGAUAUAGGACAAUCUCCAAGAUAUAGUGUAUUGUUAAAGUGGAGAGCAGUGUGUGUAGUAUGUGGGUGUGGGGAAGGGACAAGUCAUAACAGCUCUAUCUGUAUUUAGGAGUCCACUGCUCUGUCAAGUUGCAGACUGCAGGAUGGCUGUAAGGAGCUAGGAUAACUUCAGUGUGAUCUCAGGGCCCAAGGCCACCAUCUCAGAGCAAGCCCAGUGGCUCUCAGCUCCUGGACAUUCUGGGAUAAAAUCUGAAUUUCCCUCGCUUGUGGAUCCUCUUGGGGGAAAAAAAUGUAAAAUGUCCCAUUAUUUUCAUUUUCAUUUUUUUAUUGACUAGGUAGUCCAGACAUUUUCCCAGUGCAUCUGUUUACUGUUUAUAAACAAGCAGCACAAAUGACAAAUCAUAGUGUUUGCGUUUCCUUUAAUGGAGCAGUCCAUUUGCGUCAAGAAGGCCCCAAGUCUUGGGGGGAACCUGAGAGGCUCCUCUUUGUCUCUGCAGGGCUGAGGCACCGGCGCGAGGUGGUGGGCAGGAGCGCCAUCUUCGGUGGGGAGCAUUUCGUGCUAGAGGAGACCGACUGGUACCUGCUGAACCUCUUCCGCCUCUGGUGGCACUACGGCAUCAGCUUCCUGAGGCUGCAGAUGUGGGUGGAGGAGGUCAUGGAGAAGUUCAUGAGGAUCUAUAAGUACCAGGCCCAUGGCUAUGCCUUCUCGGGUGUGGAGGAGCUGCUCUACUCACUGGGGGAGUCCACCUUUGUCAACAUGACCCAGCACUCUGUGGCCGAGUCCCUGCUGCAGGUGGGCGUCACGCAGCGCUUUAUUGAUGACGUCGUUUCUGCUGUCCUGCGGGCCAGCUAUGGCCAGUCAGCAGCGAUGCCCGCCUUUGCAGGAGCCAUGUCACUAGCCGGGGCCCAAGGCAGCCUGUGGUCUGUGGAAGGAGGCAAUAAGCUGGUUUGUUCCGGUUUGCUGAAGCUCACCAAGGCCAAUGUGAUCCAUGCCACAGUGACCUCCGUGACCCUGCACAGCACAGAGGGGAAAGCCCUGUACCAGGUGGCAUAUGAGAAUGAGGUAGGCAACAGCUCUGACUUCUAUGACAUCGUGGUCAUUGCCACCCCCCUGCACCUGGACAACAGCAGCAGCAACUUAACGUUUGCAGGCUUCCACCCGCCCAUUGAUGACCUGCAGGGCUCUUUCCAGCCCACCGUCGUCUCCUUGGUCCACGGCUACCUCAACUCUUCCUACUUCGGUUUCCCAGACCCUAAGCUUUUCCCGUUUGCGAACAUCCUUACCACAGAUUUCCCCAGCUUCUUCUGCACUCUGGACAACAUCUGCCCUGUCAACAUCUCUGCCAGCUUCCGGCGAAAGCAGCCCCAGGAGGCAGCUGUUUGGCGAGUCCAGUCCCCCAAGCCACUCUUUCGGACCCAGCUAAAGACCCUCUUCCGUUCCUAUUACUCAGUGCAGACAGCUGAGUGGCAGGCCCAUCCCCUCUAUGGCUCCCGCCCCACGCUCCCGAGGUUCGCACUCCAUGACCAGCUCUUCUACCUCAAUGCCCUGGAGUGGGCAGCCAGCUCCGUGGAGGUGAUGGCCGUGGCUGCUAAGAAUGUGGCCUUGCUGGCUUACAACCGCUGGUACCAGGACCUAGACAAGAUUGAUCAAAAAGAUUUGAUGCACAAGGUCAAGACUGAACUGUGAGGGCUCUGGGGAGAGCCUGGGAACUUUCAUCCCCCACUGAAAAUGGAUCACACCCCACAGCAGCCCAGGACUGAAUAAGCCAUGCUCGCCCACCAGGCCUCUUUCUGACCCCUCGUGUAUCAAGUGUCUUUUCCCUCCAGUGUGGGUCCAGGUGGCCUAGUGUCUGCCUAUCUUAAGGGUCCACACGGUGGCUGCUGCUUUUUUUUAAGGGGGAAAGUAAGAAAAGGGAAGGAAAUCCGAGCCAGUAUAUUUGUUUUAUUUUAUUUUUUUUAAGAAGAAAAAAGUUCGUCUUCACAAGGUGCUUCAGACUUGGUUUUUUAGCUAGAAACCAGAAGACUGCGGGAGGGAAUGUAAGGCAGAGAACUGUUGAGUCUAAUUUUAUUACUGUUUUUCUCACUACCUACUCCCACAAUGGACAAUCAGUUGAGGCAAACUACAAUAAAACAUUUACAACCAGAUGGUUACAAAUAAAGUAUAAGGGAAGAUCAGAAAACCUAAGAAAUGAUCAUAGCUCCUGUUUACUGUGGACUUGCUAGAUUUGAGGUACUAGUUCAGAACUCACUAGUCACUGUCUCGAAGCCUGUCAACAUCACUGCAUAUUGGAGGAGAUGACUGUGGUAGGACCCAAGGAAGAGACAUGUGCCUGAACAGUCGUCACUGUAUUUCCAAGCUUCCUGGCAACCAGUGGGAAAAGAGAAACAUGCGAGGCUGUAGGAAGAGGGAAGCUUUUCCUUUUCACCUACAGGAAUUAACCAUUCUCUUCCUUAUGCAAAGAUUGAGGAAUGCAACAAUAUAAAGAAGACAAGUCCCCAGAUGGGUAGGGAGCAGUCAUAUCUCACCCCUAGAUGUUCAUUCCAGCAGAAGAAAAAGAAAAGAAGGUGUUGGGGUAGGAUUCUUCAGAGAUUACCCUGGUACUUUCUCAUCAGACACUAGCUUGAAGUAAGAGAAGAAUUAUGCUUUGCUUUGCUUUUUCUACAAACCCUUAAAAAUCACUUGUUUUAGAAAAGAAAGUAAAAGCCCUUUUCAUUCC